GUCAACAGUGAUGUGUGUAGGCUGUGUUUCCAAGGACCUGAGGAAGAAAUUUUUGGAAAAUUCUUAAAGGAUAUAAAUACUGGUUUUUCAGUUCACCAGUAUUGUAUGGUAAGGAAUGAUUCCUUUACAAAUUUAAAAUUUUUUUGCAUGUAGUUCAGCCCUCUUUCCCUUUUAAUCUCCUUAACCUCUAAGAGUGACUAGAAUCUAAGUUCUCCUUACAUUAUCAUCCCUGAAUCACUCAUCAAGGUCAUGAGAAUAAAAGAAAUGAUCACCAACUAAAGAAGCUCUUGAUUGUUAAACAAAUUCUCCUUGUCAGCACCUUAGGAAAUGUAUAGAGAACAGUAUGGAGAAUAUGCAUACUGAUUAAUGUCAGUGUGUAAUGAUUUACAGUUGUGCCUCAGUAACACUCAAGAUGUUGGGAACAUGAGAAUAGUUUGUAAAUCACUCACCUCCAGCCAGUAUUGAACAAACUUUUCUAGGCAUGUGCUAUCACACUUGUGAACUGAUAGAAAGCCCUGUCUAUUGCAUAAUGAAUUGUUUCCUGUGCAGUUUCUUUCCUCAGGACUGGCUCAGAGAGGAAAAGAUGAUGAAGAAUUUGAUGGAUUGUUAAUCAAGGACAUAAAGAAGGAAAUAUCAAGGGCAAAGAGACUGGUUAGUGACUUAGAUGAAAUUUUAAAUGUGCCUUUAAGCCUGGAUCUCACUUAUGACAGAGUUGGGGUUGGAUUGGUUAUCAGAACCACACAAGCAUACAAUCUAGAGAAAAUCAAACCAAUAGAAUCAGAAAAAAACAUAGAUGUUGCUUACGGUACAACUUUGUUGCCUAAAAUGUAGUGAAAACUGGAUUGUUGGAGUGGUGAGUAGAAGACUGUUUUUGGCAGGAUGGAAAACUGGAAUUUUGAUUGAAUGUCUGUUUUGCUUCUGUUUGUAACUCCCAUGAUGUAGUUUUCCCUGAAUCAUAGGAGUCAGAGACAAGUGAAAUUGGAAGAAAAUGAAAUGAUGUAGUAAAAAUUGAAAAUCACAAUUGUAAGCAGAGUUAUAAAAUGAACAGAAUUAAAAUCAGAAGAGGUAGGGCAGUUUCAUUUUCUUCUGAUUUGUCUUAACCCUUUCACUCCCAAGAUCUACUUAGUAAUUCUCCUUACUAUCUUCCAUACAAUUCUUAUGAUGUUAGUUCAGAGAAUUUGGUAUUAGAUCAACUAAUAAUCCCAUGGUUGACAUUCUUCUCUAUUCUCAUCACCUGCCUGCUUGAUAUUGUAUUGAUAUUGUAAGGAGAAAUUCUGUCUUGGUCACUUGUGGGAGUGAAAGGGUUAAGACUCUGAUGCUUAUGAUUCAGUGAAAACCCUCUAACAGUUCUAACUAUGACUUGGAUUCCAAUUCUGUCGCCUGCAAAAACCAGCCUUUAGAAAUCCAAAAUUCCAAAAACAGUCCUGGUCACUUAUUUGUCAGAUACAGACACUCAAGUCUCCAUCUUAGGCCACUAAACUUUCUUGUCAAUAGCCUUGAUGUUCAAUAGAAGAUACAGAAUAACACACAUUUAAUGAUAAAUUUUUUGUAGUUUCUUUCAUAAUGCAGUUGUUUGACCCUUUAACUUCGUAAAGUGAUCAAGAUAGAACUUCUCCUUACAAUAUCAAUAAAAUAUCAAGAAGAGAAGUGAUGAGAAUAACGAAAAACAUCAAUUAGGGGAUUAUUGGUUGAUUCAAAACCAUUUUUUUCAAACUCAAAUGAUAACAAUUGUAGGGGGUGAAUUUAUGAAUUUUUGAAUGUUUAAGUGAAAGGGAUGUGCAAUGUUUUUUAGCUGCUCACUGAACUUAUUUCCAUCUGUCACUGGUGCAGCUGAAGUAUUUGAUUUGAGCCUGUACCUGUGAGAUUGACCACUGACUGGAAGAGCCUGCUGAGCUGUUUGUGAUGAAUUAUCUUAUAUUUUCCAAUAACUAUAUUAAUUGUCUUUAUGGUAUUGCUUAGUUUGGCUCAUUUCUUUGCAGAGAUGCAGUUUCUGCAGGAAGCUGGGUGCCUCUAUUGGCUGUUGUGAGGGAGGAUGCCGUGAAACUUUCCACUAUAAAUGUGGAAAAGAGAACGGAGCUCUGUUUCAGUUUUUUGAUACCUUCAAGUGAGUCUAUUUUCAGUUGUAAUAACAUUCUCUUGCUUUGUACUUGGGCCAUAAAUCCAAGCGGAAAAUACUCAGUCCAUGACUUACAAUACAGAAUUUUAAUUGGGUUAGUAAGGGGUUUUUAACCCUUAAACUCCUAGAGGUGAUUAACAAAUAACUUCUCUCUACAAUAUCCUUUUACUAUCCACCAAACAGGUAAUGAGAAUACUCAAAUGUAUCAGGUUGAAGUUGUUCUCUUGAUCUAACACCAAAUUCUUGUAACUUAUUCACAAGGAAAUAGAGGAGAGCAGAGAGAAUUAACAAUCAGAUCUUGGGAGUUGAAGGGUUAAACUUGUAAUUGUUGCUUGUGAUUUCAGUAAAAUAGCUUAACUUUUUGAAAGAAACUCUGCAUCAGAAAGGCCAAAAUUCGAUGAACACUGUCAGUGGCAUUUAAUGGAUAAGUUAAUGAUAUUAAUAAUGACUGUCUUUAAAGGUCGCCUCAUCCAUAGGAGAUUUUGAGGCUAGUCCUGUCUGAAAAAUCUAGGACUUGAAAAAAAAAGUGAAAAACAACUUAAGACUUUUAAGAAUAACUACACCAAGGUUAAUCCUUUUAACUCCCAAGAUCAAAUUAUUAAUUCUCCCCUCAAGCUGCUACACAUUUCCUUGUAAAUUAGUAAAGAGAACAUGGUGUUAGAUCAAGAUGACAACUUCUACCUGAUAAGUUUGAAUAUUCUCAUUACCUAUUUGCUGGAUAAUGUAAGGAUAUUAUUGGGAGAAGUUUCAUGUUGAUCACUUCUGAGAGUUAAAAGGUUAAUAAAACAGAGCUACCAAAAAACUGCAAAGUCUCAGUUUCCUGACUUAAAUUACACUAAAAUUCUUAAGAUAGCAUUUUUGAAAUGGCAAAUAGUUUCACUGGUCCUGAUUAUUAAUGGAAUCUUGUUCCAUUCAGUAAAUAACAAAUUAAAUGAGUGUGACUGGCCCUUACUGCCACAAGAUCUAACACGAUUUGUUUGAUAACAGUGGACUAAGGAGCCAGAACUGAAAAGAUAAUUUUGAUGAUUGUUGUGAAUGUUGAUUACUAAAUGUAGCAUCAAUAAUAAUAUUUACCAUAUUUUGUCCCUUUGUGUUACACCACAGUUCUUUUUGUCGGCAUCAUCGCCCAACCCAGGAUGUGGCAUUAAAAAGAAACCAAACCUGUCCAAUCUGUUUGUGUGAAAUAGAACAGAAGAAUAAGUCACCUGUUUAUGAUAUUCCCCUUGUUACACCUUGCUGUAGAAGGACAUGGUUUCACAACAAAUGUCUUCAGGUACAGAAAAAUCCUUUUUUUCCAAUUUUUUUUCCAAUUUAUAAUUUUCACAACUUAUUGCCAAACUCCACAUUUUUGUCAAUUUGUUGUUGUUGUUUUUUUUUUUGCAUAUCAUUGAUUGACAAGGCCACCAAACAAUAACUCUGAUUUUCAAAUGAUCCUGGCAGAAUUACUCAUUAGAAAAAAAUCUAUCUGUGUAUGAAUAACUGUAACUUGCUACAGAAGCUAGAUGCGAUGAAAGUUCAGAUUGUCACCAAGGAAAAAACACAAUCAUAUAAGUAUUUAACCAUUUUACCACCCUGGGAUACAUCUGCAACUUAAAAUCUUUAAAUUCAAAUGGAGUAAUAACAUGCUAAGACACCUUUUCUGGGAAAAUGUUUGGUUCAUUUUAUGAUCAUAAUUAUUAUUAAUAGCUUUUCAAUAUUUUUCCUGUAGAAACACGCAAAGUCAAGUGGGUUGUAUUACUUCCGUUGCCCAGUUUGCAAUAAUUUGGAAGAAUUUCAAGAAGAAAUGAAGCGAAUGGGAAUUUUCAUACCUGAUCAGUAAGUUUUAGUUAACCUCCCUUGCGAACUGAAUUCCCAGUUUUCUGGGAAUUCCUAGGAAUUCUCAAAAAUUCCCAGUUAUGCAAAUGACCCUUGCAAACUGAAUUCCCAGUUUUCUGGGAAUUUCUGGGAAUUCCUAGGAAUUCCUAGGAAUUCCUAGGAAUUCCUAGGAAUUCCUAGGAAUUCUCAAAAAUUCCCAACUAUGCAAAUUAGCUCUGAUUUAAAAAGCUUGGAAUUACUGGGAAUUUCUGGGAAAGGAAGACUCCAGUUUUGUGAGGACUUGGAAUCCCUAGGAAUUCCUAAGAAUUCUCAGCUUUACAAACUACCUAUAAUUUAAGAAGUGUGGAACUCUUGGGAAUUUCUGGGAAUUGAAUUUGAGGCAAUUUUAAUACCCUGAGGUCCACAUAAAUUCUAAGAAAUUCUCAAUACCUUGAAUGUGAAGGUUUUAAGAAAAAGAGUAAUUUCAGAGGCUUAAAACUUUGGCUCAAUAAAAGGUAUGCUAUACAAAACUUACCAAGAGAUAUACAUACAUGUACAUGUUUAUAACUUAAAGAUCAUGAAAUUUAUCACUCAAUCUAAGUUUUAGUAAAUCUUUACAUUAAUAUGGAUUUUCAGUUAUGUUAAAUGGAAAUUACCAACUUCCACAAUAAUUAACAAUAAUUACAUUGUUAUCUUACUUCCCUAACCUACAUUACUGGUUGCCUUUGUUAGAAAACCUUGGAACAGUCAAGCUCAGUUGCCUCAAACGUUGUCAGAGACUUUUUGUUGACAAUACUUUUAGUAGAAAUUUUAUGCCUUAGACAAACAAAUUCAACAUCUAAUUAAUCUUUCUUUUUUCAUGAUUGUUGUUGCUGCUUUUUUUUUUCAUUUGUUUGCUCUAUUUUCAUGACUAAUUGCUGUAAUUUGUUUUGCUGUUUUUAUUCUUACAAAACAUUUUUGUAAGAGUUCCAAUACUUGUGGAUCAUCCACACACUUUGCAAACAUUUGGCAUGCAGACAAGACAGAGGUAGUCAAUGUUCCCUUUGAGGAAAAACACCUUUUAUAUGACGUCUUCAAUUUACUUUAUUUGAAACUCUGAUCUGAAAAUAUUUGUCAACAAGACUUGUUAGUAGUGAGAAGUACCAACCAAGUUUCCUUUCAUAACUUAAUUUCUUAAAUGUCCCAAUCACUGGAUCUCCCAAAAAACAUUACAUCUUUUUAUUUUUGGUGCAAAUUACAAGUCCUUCUUUAUAUAAAAAUGAAAAGUGCUAGUCACACUUCACACCACAACAGCUCUUUAAGUUUACUUGUUGUUCUUCUCUGUCUGUCAGCUAUCAACAAAAUUGUUUUAUACUUCGGGCAGUGCAUAACUAUUUGUGGACCAGAGUUCCAACGCACCUCUGUAAUCGCAUAUAGCUACUUCUGUCUCUUGUACAAAUGUUUCUCCUUUGUAAGACGCACUCUACUCUGUUGUCAAUACUGCUUUAAGUUCAGUAGAAACGACUGACUGAGGAAUCGAGAUGGCGGUGUUGGAACGUGUUGCUGAACGCUUGCUACGGUCAAGCUUUGUAGAUUUAGGUACUGGUACACUGGGAUCAUCUAUGUAUCUCUUAUACUUCCGAAUGUGGUAUCCUUCUUUUAUAAAUAUGAGGGUAAAAGACGAUUUGUAGUCGCAUUCAAAACUGUGAUUGGCUUGUGUUAUUUCUCACCUUUGCCAUUAACACAACUCAAGUGAGUUUCGAGUCUUUGUUUCCUCGACAACUUUCGGCCACAAAUCGUGCAUUUGUAAUACGAUCGAUUCUUGUCGAUUAUUUCUACAUAGAGUGAGCUCACAUCUUUAUUUAUAUCACCAAGCUAUCCAUCUUCUAGAAGCAGAGAACCGGUCGGAGAAGUCAAAAUAAAGUUGGGCACUUCUCCUAACACUGCAAUCGGCAAGCCAGCGGAUUCACUCUGCUAGCCAAUGACAAGUCCUAAAAGAUCCACGUGAUCAUGCCCGUGAUCGGAAACAAAGAAGACUCCAUUUGGCGCUCAUCUUUGAAUGUACUUUUCAUCGGUUGAUCGCUUUUCUCAACUGUUUUGCUUAAUAUAACAUUUCUAAAGAUAGCUUUUAUUGUGGUUCAAUGGGAAAACGAGAAUAGCGUGAGUGUUGUAAAAGAAAAGAAAGUCGUUGGCGCCGUGGAGUUAAAAGAAGGGACAACAGUUGACAUAUUGACUGGUACAAACAAGGGUCGAAUGGCCAUUUGUAAAGCUACGAUUUUGAAAGUUUGUGGUGAGUAAAAAUUGCGAUAUUCGUUACGUGAUCAAAAUCUUAUAAAAGAAUAGAUGUAGCGGGUUGAAUUAAGCUUACAUAACGCUCGGUGCAACUGAAACUAGAAUAAUUCUGAGAAUCGAAUCGGUCACUUGCAUGCCGCAGUUUCUUAAGCUUAUGCUUUACAAUGAAAUACACCUAUCAGUAAGGUUUCAAGAUUCCUCUAGUCACGUUUGGGAACAUUUAAGAUUCAAAAUAGGAACUGUUAUUAAACAAACCUUAGUACAUAAAGAAGCCCUCCUUGGUAAAAACAAAAUAAUGUAUUCAGCCCUUUUUUAGUAAAAUCCAUGAGAGAGAUGUACUAACUCCAAUAUGAAAGUCACUCAAUAUAACAGAGAUUUCUCAAUUUGAGAAUCCAAUGAAUGCCCUUUUCCUCAUAGCCAUCUUAAAAGCCUGGUCUGAGCUUUAAAUAUACAUAUUUUAAUAUAUUAUUUUUUUUCAAAUUCAGAUGUCAAGGAAUCCAGAUACAAAAUGGUCAAGGUUCUUGUUGACAACCUCAUUCAAGGCCAACUCAUUGUGAGCCCAGGAAAAAAAAUACAAACAGUACAAACAGUACAAACAGCAGCUAAGUUUGCAGUUUAGGAUAACUUCAUUCUAAUUUAUUAUUACAGUUACAACAAGAUUUUAAUCAAAAAAUCAAUUUUAUUUGUCUGUAAUUAGCCCCUUCACUCCCAAGAGUGCUUGGUUUUCAAAUAUAACUUAAGAUAUUUUAUUUUAUGGAAAAGAAUCAACAGAUUUUAUUCACAAUUUGUGUCAAACCAAAUUUAAUGAUUGAUUAGAACUAUUUUAUAUGAAUAGCUGUAAUUGAGGAUUAAUCCAUAAGAAGUUUUCAAGAAAAGAAAAAUAAAUCAAAUUCCAUCCUAAUAUUACAACACGUUGAUGUUAAUAAUUAAUCAAAAAUAUUUUACAUGUAAGCCUUAAAUUAAGCUUCUAAAUAAAUUUCAUUGAAUACUUGAACUUUAGCUGGGUUUUUUUAAUUUAAAGUAUUUAUUUUAUAUCAUUAGCCUCAAAUUUUUGCUUAAAAUUCCCAGUAAUUCUUAAACAUUCCUAAAAAUUCCCAAAAAUUCCCAAAAAUUCCCAGAAAUUCCUAGGAAUUUUUUAGAUUUACAGCUUUUCAGGGAAAGUCAUUGGUUCUCUGAGUUGGAAUUCCUAGGAAUUCCUAGGAAUUCCAAGUCCUGUUGGCUAUAAACUUGGAAUUUCUGGGAAUUUCUGGGAAUUUCUGGGAAUUUCUAGGAAUUUCUAGGUUUUUAGAACCAGAGUUGUUAUGGUUGGGAAUUCCUAGGAAUUCCUAGGAAUUCCCAGUCCGAAUUUACCGUGAAAAUUCACACCUUUAUUCCUAGGAAUUCCUAGGAAAAUCCUAGGAAUUCCUAGGAAUUCCAAAAGCCAUUUCGCAAGGGCUGUUUAUCAACCCUUUCACUCCCAAGAUCUCAUUAGUAAUUCUCCUAAAAGACUGCCAUACAAUUCCUAUGAUUUUAGUGCUGAGAAUUUGUGUUUGGAUUAACUAAUAAUCUCCUAAUUGACAUUUCUCUUUAUUCUCAUCACUUGUCUGCUUGAUAUUGUAUGGAUGGUGUGAGGAGAAAUUCUGUCCUGGUCACUCAUGGGAGUUAAAGGGUUAUCUCUCAUGGGUGACUGAGACAGAAUGUUGGUUUAUAACAUCAAUACAAUAUCAAGCAGACAAGAGAUGAGAAUAAAGAAAAAUAUUAAUUUAAGGAUCAUUAGUUGAUCUAAUACCAAAUUCUUCAAGACAACAUCAACAGAAUUGUAUGACAUACACUAAAGAGAAUUACUACUGAGAUCUUGGUAGUGGAAGGGUUGAAAUGAUCUCAGAUUAAUUUCAUGUCAGAGAAGUGAAUGUUCACAUAAUAUAUUAAAGGACGGAAUGGAUUAUUUUAUGUAAAAGAUUCCAAAUGCAUAGAAAAUGAGUAAGCCCUCCUUUUCGAUGAUGUUGGGGAAAAAAUGGUGAUUGUGUGCUACAGGAAUCUUUGGUUAUAGUCUACCAAAUUCAUAGAUUGUGGGUAUUAGUCCCUGAAAAUCUGCUAUUAGUGUUAGAAAACUGACAAAGGAUAUUUUUGUAAAAUUCUUUACAGGGAUGCUAGUUGGGAAACAGAAGAUGCCUUUGUUGACCUUCUUUUUCAGUACAGUCGCUGUGAUGCAAAGAACUGUGUCUGUCCCAAUGGCAGAGAGUAUAAGGAAACAUCUGGGUAUAAAACACUAAAAUUCUCUUGUUUUUAGUGGUGUAUUAUACAUUGAAAAUUCUACUUUGAUUUAAAACUUUCAUUGAAAAUAGUGCAGUCAAGAGCCAUUGGAUUAGUCUAUUAGCAAUCAAUGACAGUACCUAAGCAACUGGACACCUACCUCCCAUAACCUAUCUAUAACCCUAAAUAGUUAUCAGUUGACUGUUAUUGGGGUAGGGGAGGGGUAGGUGGCCAGUUGCUCAGAUACCAACAUUGAUCCAUGUAAAGCUAAAGCAGUGGAUUUUUGGGGAACCUUUUGUAUUUUACAUUAUAUCAAUAUUCCAAGCUCAAGGUAUUUCAAACGUACCAUUUGGCACCUAAAAAAAAAAAAAAGAAAACAACCUUCAGAGACGAAAUUUAGUCAACAGAGGAAAAAACACAGGUCACCAAUUGGGCAACUUUCACUGUAAAUUUAGUUGCCAAAAUUGUUUUAAACUUGUGGUUGCCAUGGAAAUGUUUUUUGCUUGGAGGGCUCAAUACAUUUACAGUAUUGCUGCUCUAAUUUCAGAAAAUGGCGCCUGCGUUUGUGUGACACCUGUGGCCAAACUGGCACCCAUCUGAAGUGUCAACGCUGGAAGAAAUCCCCCGGAGAAUGGCAUUGUCAUGUAUGUGGACAUAGUGAGCCUCAAUUGAGUACGCGGCAAAGACAAAUAGGGGAUCAUUCCAUGAACUAUUUAAGCCAUGACGAUGAUGAUGAUGCAUGGGAAUCACCAACAGAAGACUGUGAAGUCAAUGUGUGUUCAGUGUCAGAUGAUGAACCUCCUCUUGCUGAGAUCAGAAAUGAGUUAAACUGCAGAAGAGAGACACCUUUACCUGAAGAUACUGUUGUGAAGAAGCCUAACAUGGGAUCAUCUCCUAUGAGGAAACGUCUCAGAAUUUCCCUUCAAAGAUCAGAUGAUGAAGACGAAACAAUUGAACAAAAAGGAGAACGUACAAUAGAACUUCAAGAAACUCCUGACUUUAGUGGCCUUCACCUUGGUGACAGUUUUGCUUCAACAUCAUCGAUGACAUCUAGUGUUCUUCUUACUCUCUCUGGUCUUAUCACAGGGUCAGUGAGGGAAAAUCUUCAAAAUGAAUUGGAACUAAUUGGUAAAGAAUCUAUAGAAUCUGAUUGUUCAUCAGAUGCAAGUGUUGAGUUUGUUAAGGCAGUGAAAACAGAUAAGGAGCAUUUUGACAGUGAAGCUAAUGUCGACAGAUCAGCACCAGUUCUCCCUAACACAAGAUCUGCACAAUGUGGUAAGGUGCCGAGAAGAGCAUGUUUCCGAGAAGUAAAACAGGAUUUGUCCUCAACAACAUCAAAAGCAGUUAUGGAUUUUGUGGAAGCAGAAUCUUGCAUCAUUUCUGUGAGGACUGAAGGAAGAGAGUCCACAUCAGUUGUGAAUUUUUCAGUUGCAGAGAACAAGGAGGAGAGUGAUGAAGAUUCCUGUUGCAUCACUAAAGUAGUGAGAAAGUUGUGUCCUUUUGGAAAUGACAAAUGUGGGCUGAAAUGUGACCUUGAUUGCUGUAAUUCUGUAGUGCGCCACAUUUAUCAGUCUCCAUCACCAUCAGCAGUGUCAAUGGGUUCAUAUGUGCACAAAGACUUACAAAGUAAGACAUUUGAUAGUUCCAGUACUUGUGGUAGUACAAGUCAUGUCAAAGGGAACAAAGGCAAACCUGUGGAUAAAAACAAACUCUUUGAUACAACAACCACAGAGGCAGUUGAGGAAGACAGGGCUAGUUUUAUCUCUGUUGGCACCAAUACCUUGCCUUUCAAACCAUGUGUGAAGAAAGAUUCUCUUCACAAGGUAGCCCCAGAUGCUGCAACUACUCAAAGGAAAAGAAUUAAAUUGAGCACCAAGAAGUCUAGCAAGCGUCUGAAAAGAUUUGCUGCUGUCCAGGAUGAAAAAGUAGCUUUGAUUCACAAAUGCUAA